AUGCCCCGUAAUGGAAAAAAGUCAAAGAUAACAACAACCGUCAAAUCACAGCCAACAAUAUCGUCACCAUCACCGACAAAUGAUGAGACACUCACUCAUUCCGAACAAGUUGUUCCCACAUCAACAAAAUCUAAAACUCGAGUAAAAUCAUCAAAAUCAAAUAUUCAAUUAGUGAGUACUCCUGAUGUAGCAGACAUUCAAUCAACAACAGAAACAGCAUUGAAAGAACCAGUUGACGUCUCUCCUCUUCAACAAUCACAUCGUGAUCCCUUUACAUUUGAUGAAUUAGCUCAAUAUAUUUUACAGUACUACAUUCAAUCAGAUCCAAAAAAUGAAAUAUUUUUGGAUAAAAUCGAUAAUCUAACGUUGGCCAAUCUUCCCAAACAAAUUUUAGGUGCUAAACCAAAUGCGGAAGCAUUUCGUUAUGGAUAUCUACAUUUUGUACGUUAUGAUAUUCGAAUAACAUCAAAAACUGAUCAUCAUGAAACAUUGAUCGAAGAGUUUUUUAAUAAACAUCUAUUACGUACUGUACCAGCAGAAACUGUAGAUACUACAAAUUCUAGAUUAUCCGAACAUGAAAUGAAUGCCAUUUAUUGGCGUGUAAAAUUGCGAUAUUCAUCUUUAAUAUUAGCAACCAUGUAUUUGGAUUUAUUACAAUAUUAUUUAAAGAAAAAGAUUGAUGGUCUUAAUACCACAUCCGAAGCAUCUAGUUUAAAUGUUCGUAAUUCAACUUAUUGUUUAUCAUUGAAUCCAAAAGAUUACACAUUGGGUGCUAUCCAUUAUUAUCCACAUACAUUCCAUUAUGUAAAUCCAUUUAUUCAAGAUGCUGAUCAUAAUAAACAAGCAAAAAAUGUGAAAGUUGAACCGGUUGAAUUGUUAGAAAAAGAUGGUUUGACAAGUAUUCACUACAUAUUACAAACAAAAGAUUUGAAUAGUGAAGAACAACUAAUUGUUGAUAUUUGUUCUGGUGAAUUGAAUCUGAAUACGAAUGGUAAAAUAUUUGUGAUUGAACCAAUCUCAGACUAUAUGCUUAAAUAUCAAACAAUGUUAGGUGAAAUAACAGAAUAUGUAAAAGUUUCACGUAAAAAUGUUCAACAUGAACGUUUAUCACAUAGUCAACGUAUCAAAUCAACAUUUGACUCAAUAAUAUACUCAAUUUUAAAUCGUCAACAAUUAUUGAAUGAUAUAUGUACACGAUGUGGUGCUCAUCACGCACUAAUCAAACCUAGUCAAUGUGUUUGCGAAAAUAGUAACUGUGAUAACUAUUUAGAAGUAAAAUAUUGUUCAACAAUAUGCCAAAAAUUGGAUUUAAACAAUUCCUGUCGAACACUCUCAUCAAAAACAGUAACAAAAGAGACAAUUAGUGAACCGUUAACAUUGACAAAACUACUUACACAUGGAAAAGAUAAUGAAGAUUUGAAAGACGAAAUAACACAAGAUAAAAACGAUGCUAAACAUGCAAUAACCACUGAUAGUAAUGAAAUACAACCAAAAGAUGGUAAUGUUAAACAAUUAUUGAUUAAUGAUGUUAGUAAUAAUCAGUCUCAAAAUGAGACUGAAAUAGACACAAAUAAAAAUGAGAAAAAGAAAAAACGACGAAAACGAAAAAAAACAACGACUACAGUACACAAUGAUUCAACAAUGACAAUAAUGAAUUCUGAUGGUGAAUCAACGAUUGUAGAAACUAGUCAAACAGACGAGAAAAAUGAAGAAAAACAAUUAAGAAAUAAUGAUAAACAAGUUGGAAAAUAUGAGAACGAUUUGCAAGAUAUACACCGAAAAGAUGAAAUACAAGGGAGUGAACAAGAAACAUGCAAUGAUGUUCAUCAGCAAGAAGAAAAAUUAACACCACUGUGUAUUGAUGAUCAGAAUGAAAAAAAGGAUAGUAUUAAUGGUAAACAGGAAGAAAAAACAGAAAUCCCCUUUACCUUAGAACAUAGUCAUCAUUCUCAACAACAAUUAUUGCAAUUAGCUCAACUACAGCUUCAUCAACAACAACAACAACAACAGCAUAACAGUCAAAUUAAUAGUGCAAAUAAUAACCAUAUUAUCACUGGUUCUUCAUCGAAUUCUGAUUUUCUUCGAGUUCAGAAUCCAGCUGUACCAAAUUCAACGAGUCUAAGUAAAAAACAACGUUUAGAACAAUUGAAUUUAUUGACAACAGCUGCAGCGAUGGCUGCUACCACUAUACCCGCCUCCAUUCUCAAUGAUACAUCAAAUAUAGUUGGAGAAUCAUCACCUCUUCUUUCCACAAAUAUUGUAAAUCAUCGUACACAACCAUCGAAAGUAUUAAAACAACAGCAAUCAUCUUCGAAAAAGCAACAGCAACAAUCGGAUGAUUUUGUCGAUGACAUCCAACAACAGCGAAACGAUACUGGUGCUACUCAAGUACAUGAUUCAUCGUCAUCACAAAUUUCUUCUACAACAACAGAAGACGAUUCAACAGCACAUCAUCAUCAUUAUCAUCAUCACCAUCAUCACCAUCAUUUGUUAUUGACAUCACCCGUGCCACCACAAGUACCAGAAUUAAUAGAUUCGUCCAAAACUUCUUCAGCUCAAAGUUUGAAACGAAAACAUGACGAUUUAAUUGAUAUGACAGUUAAACAACAGCAACAACAAGAGUUAGUCACUUCUUCAUCAUCAACUGCGUCGUCUGCAUCACUGGCUAUUGUUGGACAAACUACAACAACGAACACAAAUAGAAAUGGGAUUCAUUAUGGAAGCGGAACGGGUGGAAAUAUUCAACCCGUUCAACAAGUUCAUACAACCACACAAAAAUACCAACAACAACAACAACAGCAAUUGGCAGUUGUUACUAUGCAAGAACAACAGGAUCAAAAACAGCCGGUAGCACCCACAAACGACGGUGAUUAUCAGUUAGUUCAAAAUGAAGUAUUAUACUCAAUGACGAAUUCAUAUGAAGUGCUAGAAUUUCUUGGUCGUGGUACAUUCGGUCAAGUUGUUAAAUGUUGGAAAAAGGGCACCAAUGAAGUAGUAGCUAUUAAAAUAUUAAAAAAUCAUCCAUCAUAUGCCAGACAAGGUCAAAUUGAAGUGUCAAUUUUAUCACGUUUGGGUCAAGAAAAUGCCGAUGAAUACAAUUUAGUUCGUGCCUAUGAAGUAUUUACGCACAAAAAUCAUACAUGUUUGGUAUUUGAAAUGUUAGAACAAAAUUUAUACGAUUUUUUAAAACAAAAUAAAUUUUCACCAUUACCAUUAAAAUGUAUUCGUCCAAUUGUACAACAAGUCUUAGUUGCUCUACAUAAAUUAAAACAAUUAGGUUUAAUUCAUGCUGAUACAAAACCGGAGAACAUCAUGUUAUUGGAUCCAAUUCGUCAACCGUACAAAGUCAAAGUAAUCGAUUUUGGAUCAGCUAGUCCAGUAUCGAAAGCAAUUACGUCAACAUAUUUACAAUCAAGAUAUUACAGAGCUGUUGAAAUAUUACUUGGAUUACCAUUUUGUGAAGCAAUUGACAUGUGGUCAUUGGGUUGUGUAAUCGCUGAAUUGUUUUUAGGUUGGCCACUCUAUCCGGGCUCAUCUGAAUACGAUCAAAUUCGUUAUAUUUCUCAAACUCAAGGUUUACCACCACAAUCAAUGUUAUCAAAUGGAACAAAAACACCAAGAUUCUUCAAUCGGGAUGAAAGAGAAUCACCAUAUCCAUUUUGGAGAUUAAAGACACCAGAAGAACAUGAAGCUGAAACGGGUAUUAAAUCGAAGGAAGCAAGAAAAUAUAUCUUCAAUUGUCUUGAUGAUAUGGCACAAAUCAAUGUUCCAUCGGAUUUAGAAGGUGUUGAAUUGGUAGCUGAAAAAUUAGAUCGUCGUGAAUUUGUAGAUAUUUUAAAACGAAUGUUACAUUUGGAUCAAGAAUAUCGAAUAACACCAGCUGAAGCUUUAAAUCAUCCGUUCGUAACUAUGGCACAUUUAGUCGAUUUUGCACAUUGUAACAAUGUUCGUCAUAGUGUUCAAAUGAUGGAAGUCUGUAAACGUCCAAAACCACAGAGUGUUCCAGUAAAUUUGGUAUCAGAUUUGAACAGUAGUUUUCUAAACAGUUUUAAUGGACAAAUGACAUUUGCUUCCGCACAACAAAUGGCAUUACAACAACAACAGCAAGCAGUUCAGCAACAAGCACAACAGGCUCAACAAUUACAAGCAUUUCGAACAACACAAGGACGUGCUGGUGAUAUUUAUGUUUCAUAUCCAAUUCAAGCUGCAGCUGCAGCUGCAUCUUAUAUACCGAACAUCACAUUGACUCAACAACUUGCUCAAGCGCAAGCAGCUGCCGCGGCACAUGCAGCCAGACAACAAAUACCCGCACUAUCGUUAAUACCGCCAUAUCAGGAUCUUGGUUCUCCAUUAUUUGGUGCUCAAACAGCAGCUGCAAUGUUAUCAAUUCCUACCCAGUUACCAUUAGGUACUUUACAGCCAAUUGGAAUACCUGUUUCAUUGCCAAUGGUUCAAGCGGAUCAAACCAGACAUUUUUUUAUUAAUAAUAAUACUGCUGCUGCUUGGGGACAAACAAAUCAAUUUCUGCUUCCACCUACAUUUGCUGCUGCAGCAGCCGCUGCCGCCGCUGCUCGACGAAAUAGUGUAUUAUUGCAAGAUGCUGAUCAAUUAUGGCGUACGCCAUUAAUGGCAUUUGAUCCAAAUAUUGAUCCUACUCAGCAACAACAACAAUCAACGACGAAUAAAGUAUCAGCUGCCGCCACUUUAUAUCCAUUAGAACUAAAUGAUUCAAGAAUGUUUGCUCGUAUAAAUCAUCAGCAUCAACCAACAUCAUCAACAAGUUCUUCUAAUAAUUCUAACAAUCGCUGUCAAAGGUAUGUUCCAAAAGAUGUGAAUAUAAACAAUAAUAAUAAUAGCAGCAAUAAUCGACGAUAUAAUACUAGCAAUGAACAAAAUAAAAUAAAUGAUAAUAUCAAGCUACUUAAUCAGUUAAAUGCUCAUCAGCAACAGCAUUGUAUUCAACAAUCUUAUCCAGUUCAACAAGCCCAGCAGCAACAGUAUGUUGGAACAACAACGUCAACUUCGUCCUGUGGAUCGUCUAGUUCUUCUUCCGUUACUUCAAUGCCGCCACUACCACAAGAUAGUCCACAAAGACCUGUUUCAAUCAUCACAUUAUCAUCUGAUUCGGAUGAUGAAAAAGAUAUAAAACCAACACAUCAAAGAACAAUUGUCAACGCUUCAUCAGCUAUUUCUAAUCCGUCUUCAAAACAUAAACAUCUUCAACAAGUGCCCGUUAAUGAUCAUAAAUCGCAUGAUAAUAAGCAACAAAUUAAAAAAGAAAGACUUAGUAUUGAUACAACAAACAAUAUUAUACAACAGUAUCAAAUUCAAACUGGUCUUCUACUAAAUUCAUCUUCAAAUCCAAAAUCUGAAGCAACAUUUUACGACUAUCAGCAGCAUCAGCACGAUUGUCGACAACAAGCUCUUCUUGGCUCGCUUGUUUAUAACGAUCCAAGACACAUGAGUUUAUUUUUAUCACCGAAUAGUUUUGUAACAACGACUAAUCCUCAUGUUCAUCAUCCGUCUGCACAUCAAUUGUAUUCAUCAAUGAGUCCAACAACGGCCGCUGCUGCUUUAACCGCAGCUGCCGCUCAAACAAAUAGACAUCAUCAUCGACGUUUAUAUUAA